CACAGAUCAAUGAUAAUCGUAGGAACACCAUACCGCGAAUUUAAAAUUACGCGAAGGUACUGAAACCGGAGCAAAUCCACAGCCUUCUAUAUCACAGAGUGAAGACUAGGGAGUGCGUUAAUAGACGGAGUUGUCAAAAACUUUGGGAGGCGCAAUUUUAUUAAGGCAGUUGUCGCUACAUUCGUCACGGGUAGUAAAAUGAGCAGACCUAAACGUUAUUUCGUCAAUAACAAUGAAGAAUGGAAAAGUAGAGAAUUCGCAGUUGCACCGAGUGACUGGUUGCCAAAAAUCAACGAACGCGUCAAUGAAUGCCUUAAACAACAACCCCCAUCAGCAAGAGAUGUGGAUGGUGGUUUGUAUGUUAGCGGUGCCGGCGUCGCUUACAUGCUAUAUCAUUUGAGCACCAACCCACAUUUUGGAGAAAACAAAGAGAAAUUUUGCAACUUGGGGCUGAAAUAUAUGAAGUAUGCUCUCGAAUAUGCUGGACGCAAAGAGAAUGAUCCACAGGAAAGAUCAGCAUUUCUACUGGGAAACGCUGGAACUUACGCAGUCGCCGCUGUGCUCUACCGGUCUGUUGACACCACAGAAGCAGAGAACUGCCUGAAGAAAUUUGCAGCAGCUGCUCAGAACUGUAAACCAUUGAACUUCUUACGUUGUGGGGGUGAUGAGCUCUUUGUUGGUCGUGCUGGUUAUUUAUUUGCUGCACGAUGGCUUCACAAACAAUUUGGAAAAAAUAUUGUCCCAGAAAAAGAUAUUCAUGAAAUUUGCAGUGCUAUUGUGGAAUCAGGGCGCCGCUAUUCAGAAAGACAUCACAGUGCAAGUCCGUUGAUGUAUUCUUAUUAUGAUACAGAAUACCUUGGUGCAGGACAUGGUCUCAGUGCCAUUCUCCAAUCAUUAUUGUUGUGGCCUAGUUUUCUGCAGUCAAAUCCCCAGGCAGAACAAGUCGUGCAUAGAGCUGUUGACUGGUUGCUAUCACUGCAGACGGAAAGUGGCAACUUUCCAUGUGCAACUGAUGAACUGGGUCGGUACAGGAGACAUGAAGAGGAUGAACUUGUGCAUUGGUGUCAUGGAGCACCAGGUGUUGCAUACUUAAUGGCAAAAGCUUACCUUCAUUGGAAAGAUCCAAAAUAUCUGCAGGCUCUCGAAAGAUGUGGAGAGCUUAUAUGGAUAAAAGGAUUACUUCGGAAAGGACCUGGAAUAUGUCAUGGAGUGGCGGGAAAUGCAUAUGUUUUCUUGUUACUGUAUCGCUUGAAUGGUAACGACCGACACUGGCUGUGGCGUGCCUUCACAUUCAUGCAGUUCUUGUACAAUGAACAGUUCAGAAGAGAAGCCAGAACACCAGAUUGCCCUUACAGUUUGUUUGAAGGUUGGGCUGGGACUGUGUGCUUCAUGGCAGACAUGCUAUGUCCAGAUAAUGCUUACUUUCCAUUCUUUGAUGUAUUUGACUCAUGAAACUUGUCUCCUGCACCUUUGUCUAUACUGUAUUGUUAAGACUGAAAUAUGUUUAAUUGAAUUAAUUUUCUUUAGUAUACUGUUGUCAGAAUACAUUUGUGUUGUAAAAGGUUAAAAUUUCAAGAAUCUACGCUUCCUUAGAAGGAAUGUCUUUGUAUGCCCUUUGGAAAUAAAAAUUGUGUUUCAGAAAACUGA